AUGCUGAAGGAACGUUUUGGAGAUUGGAAAACUUAUUUCCGCUACAUUCCUCGGGUGUUGGAAUGGUUCAAAGAGAUCGACCCUGAUUCAACGCUCGACCUGGUGACAAGGGAUCACGCUUUCUUCCGGGCUUUUGACGCCCCAUCGGCGUCAAGAACUGCUCUAAGGUUCUGUCGACCGGUCAUUGCAGACCCGUGGCGGCCGCGGGGCCAACCAGCGUGCAAGGGAGCCAGAGGCCGGGGAUGGGUUAAGGAGCCGGUCGGGUGCCGCAAGAAGAGCGAGAAUGGCAAGGAUGGAAGUGCGGCGGCAAAGGAGGAGUGGUCGCAGGGGAGAGCAGCAUGCACCAUCCCAGCAGGCACCUUCUCAGCAGGCACCGACUCAGCAGCGAAGAUCUCAGCAGCGAAGAUCUCAGCAGCCACCAUCUCAGCAGCCACCAUCUACACAAGGACGAUCUCAGCAGCCCCCAUCUCGGCAGAAUCCAUAUCAGCAGCCACCAUCUCAACAAGCACCAUCAAAUCACCCAAGAUGUCAUCAUCCAUCAACUCAGCAUGUUUCAUAUCAGCAGCCACCACAGCAUCAGCAACCAUCCCAGCAGCCAUCAUCUCAGCAGCAGCCAUCUCAGCAGCCACAAUCUCAGCAGUCCCAUAG